AUGUGGGCCAAGAUUUGGAGAUGUGGCGGCUUGUUCGCCUGUAGCCUGAAGGGGUCCGAGCCAACUGAGGACAACAUCUUCCACUUGCUGGUCUCCUUCAUUAGCCGUGGCUUGGCAGAUCUACAAGCCAUCGCGAGUCCAACCUACGCGGGGGCUCGCCUGGCAUUUCCGGGCAUCCGCUUCCUCCACGCGCGUGAGCUGCUGUUUGCACUCGGCGGAGGACCCGUCCUCUUCCCGCACAUUCACUUCAACUUGGUCAACUGGGAAAGCUGGGUGCUGCCCUCCGAGGAUUUGCACCCACCCCGGCUGGCACGCACUCUGAUCGGCCCCCACCCCGGACUGCAGCAACUGCCGUCCACAGUGAUCAGGUCUCUCCGGGGACUCUCCAGCGUCUCCAUCCCCUCCCCGCCCGGAAAGCGUCGAGAGCACAUGGCAAGCCACACGGUGCUUCUCAUACAGCGGCGCCCACCAGCAGGACGGCGCUUGGCCAACGAAGAGCAGCUGUUGGAAGGCUUGGUGGCCUUGCACGUGCCCACGCGAGCUGAGGACCUCAGCUUGAUGUCCUUCGCUGCACAGGUGGAGGCAGUCCACCAAUCUUCUGUGCUUGUGGGCGUGCACGGGCAAGGCCUCUUCAAUCUCAUCUUUCUGCCCGCUGGCGCUGCUGUCGUCGAGGUCGCCCCUUGCGGCGUGAGCUCAGCGUUGACCUUCAACGUGGCAGAGCUCUUUGGUGUGCAGUUCCAUGACGUCCUGAACACGACGUGUGAUGAGGAGUUUCGGGAGAAGUUCGAGGCAAUGGGCUGCGAGCCCUGCUGGACACCACGACGCCUCAGCCGCGCGCACCACGCAUGGGGCCUUGCAAAUCGGGCUGCAGCCAUGGGGCUUGCAUUGGUUAUCGCUCUCAAGUUCCGAGUUCCGUGA